GAAAUCUUCUAUCUCUGUGUAAAACAUAGAUUUCUGAUUUGAACAGAUUUGAAGUUGACGUAUGAAAAAUGUUUUUCGGAAUUUGAUUUUAUUUUCAACUUACUUUAAUGAACAUUGAAUAUCAACAUAAUAGUAUGAGGAAAUCAAAAAUGGAAAAUGAUAAGCAAGCAACAAACUCGCAUCCCUUAAUGUAUUCCUCAGUAUCACCUGAUUACCCUGAUCUGAUUCCUGAAAAACCAAAACGAGGGAUACCAAAUAUAGACCAAAAUAAUUCUUUUGAUCCCCCUGCUCAUAGUACAGGUUUGGAGGAUAGUGCAGAAUCUCAGAUGUCCCAAACAGAUAUAGCAUAUUUAGGAUAUAACGAAGAAUUACCUGAUUUUCCUGAUAGUCCAUCAGCUCUGAAGAAAUCAAUGAAGUUUGAAUUACCUGUGGAAGUAUCCUAUAAUGAUUUAAGCGAUAAUGAAAAUGAAAAAUCUGUUUAUGAAGCACAUUUAAGUGAAAAUUUUCAAAAUGUUAGCUUGACAAUGAAUGAAAAAGAAGGAAAUUUAAAUUUUCUCUGCCGAAACAAAAAAAGUAAUAAAUUGAGAAGAAUAAAAGUGGUACCAACUAAAACAAGCGAUGAAAGUGAGGUGUCAUCAAUUGAUAGUAAUACUGAUAGUUUGAAGUCUGAGGAUGUAUUCAAUGGAGAUCUGAGUAAUAUGGUGGAUCUAGAGACUGAAGAUGACUACCAACUAACUGAACCUAUAGAACCUCUAAGUGCAGCAGAUGAAAGAAGACAUGCUAGAUAUUGGCAAAGGAUGGUAUUACCUGAUGGAGAACAGAGAACAAUUGAUAUGAGGGUUAUUGAGCCAUACAAAUGUGUUCUUUCACAUGGAGGUUACCUGAGGGCAGGGGGUCACACUGCUAUUGUUAUUUUUUCUGCUUGCCAUUUACCUAGCGAUUCAAGAAUCGAUUAUGAAUAUGUCAUGGAUAAUCUAUUUCUAUAUGUUUUAUGGACCCUUGAAAGGCUAGUAACUGAUGAUUAUGUCUUGGUAUAUUUGCAUGGGGGUGCAACAAAAGUGCCUGCCUUCCGAUGGAUUAAAAGAUGUUACCAAAUGGUAGGGAGAAAGUUGAAAAAAAACCUCAUUCAUUUGUAUUUGGUACAUCCUACUUUAUGGAUAAAAACCAUGUUAUUCAUGGCUAAACCUUUCAUAAGCUCUAAAUUUUAUCGCAAGAUAACAUAUUCUAACAGUCUAAGGGAACUGAUGGUUAGAGUACCCCUUGAAGCAGCUGCUAUUCCAGACAAAGUUAAGAUGCAUGAUGCUCUUCGUACCAAAUAAUCGAGAAUAUCUGAAUAUAUCCUAACAAGAAAUUGCAAGAGCUUUAAUAUCAAAACAAGGCUGUAGAAAUUAAUAUCUAUGUGAUUGCUCUCUUUGUUAUGUGAGUGUUCAUUUUGAAUUGAUUUAUUUUAUCUAGUUGUUAAUUUUAUAGUCUAUCUAUUUUUUAUUUAUCUUCAAUUUUCCAGAAUUACUUACAUAACCAAAUUUGUGUUUGUUUUAUAUGAAAAAUAGCAAUUUUUCUUUCAUAGAAUGUUGGAGAGUCAUUCAUCUUCUAUUUUGAAAAGUAAUUUCAUAUUUCGACUUUCAUCAUUUUAAAAGAUGAUAAUAAAAAAUUUCUUUUCAAUUGAAUCUCUUAAUGUCAAUUUUGACUAUAAUAUAUAGGUAACAAUUUUAGUUUUUCAUAUUCAAGCAAGAUUCUUUGAUGGAGUUUUUUCUUUAAAAACAACAGAUACAUUAUGAAGCAUUUAGUUUCAGUUUUUAAAACCAAUUUACUUGCAUUUAAAAAAAUAGAAAUUUUAUUUACAUUAUUCUUUUGACUAUUCAUGUUUAAUUUUCAUUCAAUUUUAGCAAUUUGAAAUUAUCUUCACUUGUCAAUUUCAUUAAAAAUUUUAGUAGUUUGGAAUUAAAAUAAAUUUUAUUGAGAGCAAUUGAAUUUUGAAAAUUUUCUUCUUGGAUUGAGAAUAGUCGAUUAGAAUAAAAUUGAUUUAGUUUGCAUUAUUAUCCUCAAAAACCUAUGGAAUUAGUCAGACCAAUGUUACUUAAUAUAAAAUUUUCUUAUUAUGUUGAGUUUAAGAAAGAAUUUAUGUAUUUAUUUUUUUUUUAUUUUUCUUCAUUCUUCUUUCCAAUAUACAUCGAAAUUGUAUGAGGUAUAAUAAUGGCAUACACAAUAUUCUGUUUUUAUUUUUGAUAUGUGCUGUGAUGUAGUAUUAUUUUUUUUCACUGAAUGUUAUUGAAUGUAUUAGUAAUUUAUUCAUCAUAUAAGUUUAACAUUACAAUCAUGGAAAGUAGCAAUAAGCAAUGCAAAGCUUAUUCAAACAAGGAAACAAAUAAUAUUGUAAUAUGAAUAAGACCAAUAGGAAUGUACAAAAAUAAAGAUCAUUAUUAUUGGUAA